GGGCUGAGGGACGGAGCUCCUGCAACUCAGGGCCCAGCUGUGUGACCCCGGGCAGGUGUCUCAGCCGCCCUGUGAGGCCCCAGCUCCCUCCGCUGUAAAACUAAGGUUGUCAAGAUCCAGAAUAACAGCGUGUAUGAAAGGCCUUCUGUGGGGAACCAGGAUCGCGGGACUGCUCGCCCGAUGCAGCGUUUGGGAGGAUUUCUGCGAAAAGAAUGGCUUCCUCAAGGCCAUCCCGCUGAGAGGUGCCCAGUCCCCACUGACCGUGACCCGCUCUGUCCCCCGGAGAGGAGACCUCGUCCCACUUCUCAGCACCGGCAGGCGGGCAUGAGGGGAGGAGCCAGCUGAGGUGGGCAGCGCACCUGGGCAGCAAACCCAGACACCGGGACCCGGCCGGAAGACGGUCCCUCGCCUCCUCUCCGGGCUUCUCAGAGACUGCUCUGCCAUGACCACGGCGUGGUACCGGCCCACGUGGGACCUGGCCCUGGACCCGCUGGUGUCCUGCAAGCUGUGUCUGGGGGAGUACCCGGUGGAGCAGAUGACCACCCUGGCCCAGUGCCGCUGCAUCUUCUGCACGCUGUGCCUGAAGCAAUACGUGGAGCUCUUGAUCAAGGAAGGAUUGGAAACUGCCAUUAGCUGCCCGGAUGCUGCCUGCCCGAAGCAGGGCCACCUGCAGGAGCACGAGAUCGAGUGCAUGGUCGCGGCCGAAAUUAUGCAGAGAUAUAAAAAGCUGCAGUUUGAAAGAGAGGUGCUCCUGGACCCCUGCCGGACGUGGUGCCCGGCGUCCACCUGCCAGGCUGUGUGCCAGCUCCAGGAGAUGGGGCUCCAGACACCCCAGCUGGUGCAGUGCAAGGCCUGCUCCAUGGAAUUCUGCUCCGCCUGCAAAGCCAGCUGGCACCCCGGCCAGGGCUGCCCGGAGACCAUGCCCAUCACCUUCCUGCCCGGGGAGAACAGCUCGGGGUUCAGGCUGGAGGAGGGCGAGGCGCCCAUCAAACGCUGCCCCAAGUGCAAGGUCUACAUCGAGCGGGACGAGGGCUGCGCCCAGAUGAUGUGCAGGAACUGCAAGCACGCCUUCUGCUGGUACUGCCUGGAGUCGCUCGACGACGACUUCCUGCUCAUCCACUAUGACAAAGGACCCUGCCGGAACAAGCUGGGCCACUCCCGGGCAUCCGUGAUCUGGCAUCGGACACAGGUCGUGGGCAUUUUUGCUGGAUUUGGGCUCCUGCUCUUGGUGGCCUCGCCCUUCCUGCUCCUGGCCACUCCCUUUGUCCUGUGCUGCAAGUGCAAGUGCAGUAACGGCGACGACGACCCGUUACCCACCUAGAGGAAGGCGCAAUGCUGGAGCCAGGUCCCGGCCUCCGGGGAGCGCGGCUCUCCCCCACCCCUCCUCACCAUCCCCCUCACUAAACGUCUUUCUUGCCUUAUGUGCCCCAUUGAGCUUCAGUGUCACGCCGGAUGCCGUCAUUUCAGGGACGCUGUCGGAACGUUUGCCGAGGCCCCAGCGGAGUCCCCAAGGCCUGGGGGGCGGGGCUGGUGUGAACAGGGCAGGUCCUGCCCAAGGUCCCUGCAGACCGGCCAGGGGAGGUGCUCCCUGCGGCCAGAGAGCAGGACGGUCCCCUGGUUGCCUGAGAUCUUCUCUUGCAAACAUCGUCACCUCCUCCUUGGCCUCAAGGUGGCGCCGAGCUGCCGAGAGAGUCUGAGGACUGCGGCUCCCUCCAGACAGAAGCCCGUUGCCCUGGCUCCAGAGAAGCCCCGUUUUUCACUGUUUUAUUGCUAGUGGCGUUUAGUAAAAUCCUUUUCAGAAGGCAUUCUUCCCUUCCCCACGGGGCAGGGAAAAUUCAACAAGGUGCACCUGAACCAUCCUAUGCCUUUCGGAAACGCGCAUUUUCAGAAGCCUCUGAAAGGACGUUCUGGCUCGGCCACCCUUCCGGAGACCCCGAAAGCCCUACGCGCCCCCGUGUUCUUCCCGAGACUGUGAGGACUGAAGGCCGCCGUAGCUGUGCACCGUCACCACCGUGGUCCCGCGUGGUCGCGUUUCUCUGAAAAUACGGAUGCGUCUGAAGGAGCGCCCCCUCCCGAGGUCUGCCCCCCGUUUCUCCUCGCUGAGCCAGUCGGCUCCUGGGCUCCUCCCGUCUCCCCCGGGUGUCCGCAGAUAUUUUCAGUGUCUUCAGAAACCAGGUUGCUUCUCUCGGAAGUCGUUUUGCGGGAAGUCUCCCUGGUUUGGCCUCUGUCUUCUCCAGCAGACGUAGGUAGAAAACAGGGCCCUUGGUCCUCAGAGGCGGCCCGGGGGCUGGGGAGGCACCUUCUGGGGUGUCCCCCGUUUUUUUCAGUGACCCCGCUAUUCUGCAGGAACCGUCCUUCUCACAGAGCUCCGAGCCCUGGCGCUCACCACCCUGCCGCCGCUGAAACCCUUCCAUCUGCGGGUCGUUGCGACUGGGGACUUUACCACUCUGUCCCUUGCCGGCUGCGUGGCUGUUACCCUGGCAACAGAAUGCUCGGCUCCAUGACACAGGCCACCCGGUCGAUUAACUCUGACAGGCGGGGAAGCCGGAGUCUCUGCAGAGAGCUGGGGUCAGCGUGGCGUUGAAAUGGAGUGGAUGGACUGCGUCGAACUCGGGACUUCCGAGAAGAGCGGGAAGGCAGACGAUGUCGAUCCAUUGCCCUGGAGCUUUUUACCUGUUUUUAUUGACUUUACAGAGGGAGGGGGAGAGAGAGAAACAUCAGUGACGAGAGAGUCAUCGAUC